UCGAGCGGAUCAGCAUGUUCGUCAUCAUCCUGAACUGCGUGACCCUGGGGAUGUACCAGCCGUGCAACGACGAGGCGUGCGUGACGACACGGUGCCAGAUCCUGCAGGGGUUCGACAACUUCAUCUUCGCCUUCUUCGCCAUCGAGAUGAUUAUCAAGAUGGUGGCCAUGGGCGUGUGGGGCAAGGACACCUACCUCGCGGACUCCUGGAACCGGCUGGACUGCUUCAUCGUCGUGGCCGGAGUGGCUGAGUAUAUUGUGAACAAGACUAUCGAAUAUGCAGUAGAUACUGAAAACUUAAGUUUAUCAGCUAUCAGAACCAUUAGGGUUUUACGACCAUUAAGGGCUAUAAAUAGAAUUCCCAGUAUGAGAAUUCUUGUGAUGCUGCUUCUCGACACCCUUCCAAUGUUGGGAAAUGUCCUCCUUCUUUGCUUCUUUGUAUUCUUCAUUUUUGGAAUCAUUGGAGUCCAGUUGUGGUCUGGUGUUCUGCGAAAUCGGUGCUUUUUACAACCUCCAGAUAAAAUGCAUGUGCCUGAUUAUGUGGAAAAAUAUUAUACACCAAAACAUGUUCUCAAUAAAAAUGAGUAUAUAUGUAGCAAGCAUAACGAGUCAGGCAUGAACAAGUGUGAAAAUCUACCACUCUAUAUAUAUGAAGGCAUAACAUGCAACGCUUCUGCCAAAGAGGGUAACAAUACUCCAACCAACCAAUCCUGUGUUGACUGGAAUCAGUAUUACACUAAGUGUGAACCACACGGCAACAAUCCUUUCAUGGGUGCAGUUUCUUUUGAUAAUAUUGGACUAGCAUGGGUAGCAAUUUUUCAAGUAAUCAGUCUGGAAAGCUGGGUGAACAUCAUGUAUUUUGUUCAAGACGCUCACUCCUUUUGGGACUGGAUUUAUUUUGUCGCUUUAAUUGUUAUUGGAUCUUUUUUUAUGAUCAACUUAUGUCUUGUUGUGAUAGCCACACAGUUUUCUGAGACGAAGAAGCGUGAGACAGAACGAAUGAUGCAAGAACGCAAACGCUUUCAGUCCUGCAGCACGCUGGCCAGUAACUCCGAGCCAGGUGGCUGCUACUCUGAACUGCUCAAACUAGUUGCCCAGGUGUAUAGAAGAGUAAAGAGGAAAGUUAUUAAAGCUUAUUAUAGAACUAGGGGACUUCAGAAAAUCAAUCCCGAGAAAUCUUUGUCUUUGAGAAGGAAAAAAUCCAAAAAGAAAGGUACUAAUAACCUCCAGUCACAACUGCACUGUUCUUCUAUUGUACGCCAACACUCAUUGUCUCAUGCACAACCUGUUCAUCAUCAUCAACAUCAGCAUCUACUACCUCCCUCUUCUCCCCAACCCCCACAACCAACACACCUACACCAUGUAAACCUAGUUACACCAGAUGUUAGAUACCAGAGUCCACCUAGACCAUCCAGCACCCCGCAAGCACCAAGGGCAAGCCCAGAACAAUCAGACAUUGAUUCUAUGUCAUCACCUCGGAGACCGAAUUACCUUGUAUUGCCAAGCAGCAACUACAGUCUGAAUCCUUCUUCAGAAUCCUUGGCCAUAUCUCACCUCUCGGUUGAUCCCUUCACACCUGUGCUGUUUAAGUCCCAACAGAAUUCUCCGAACCACUUGAGCGCCAACUUCAGCUUCACAAUACCGUUUUUGCUCAACCGAACAUCCUCCUUCAACAGUGGGGCCAGUGCCCCAGGAAAGAUUCUGCCCUCUUUACCAGAGGUGCUGGCUGCCCAAGGAGCCAAAAAUGCUGUGCUAGCAGCAUCGAAUAUGCUGCUAAAUGUGGAUUAUGAGCUUAGCAAAACUCAGUCUUUAGCUGACAAAGGUCUGUUUGCCGAUAACUUACUAAUGGAUAUGGUUGGUGACAAACAACUAACCACACAAAUGUCAAUGCAAAGUGAAACAGAAGUGUUUCAGUUAAGUCAAGGUCAAGCUCAGACUGACCAGGACACCACUAGCUGUGGGGGCAGUGGAGGAGUGGGUACUGGAGAUAAAGAACUCGCUGGCGAGUAUGGAAACUCCUCAUGCAACCCAUCUGGCAUCAUAGUUGCCGGUGGCGACACUGUAGAUUCAGAUGUAGACACAAGCAAAGCUGAGUCAGGAGUAUCAAUGAGAUCAAGUAAUAUUUGUGAAAUUCUAAAUUGUCUACAAAAGAAAUUGAAGACUUUUGUUGAGAGUAAUUUUUUUCAAAGGAGUAUACUUAUAGCCAUCUUGCUGAACACUUUGAGCAUGGGCAUUGAGCACCAUGAACAGCAUGAACUCUUGACUUUAACACUGGAAUACAGCAAUAUAGUAUUCUGUGUACUGUUUGGUGCAGAAAUGGCCUUUAAGAUAUGUGCCUAUGGCUUAUUUGGUUAUAUUAGCAAUGGAUUCAAUGUAUUUGAUGGUUUUAUUGUAAUACUUAGCAUUGUUGAGUUAGCCCAGCAAGGAGGUACUAGUGGCUUGUCUGUACUUCGUACAUUCCGUCUGUUAAGAAUUCUAAAAUUAGUACGAUUCAUGCCUGCCCUCCGGAGACAACUAGUAGUCAUGUUACGCACCAUGGACAAUGUCGCCACCUUUUUUGCACUUUUAGUUUUGUUCAUGUUUAUAUUCAGUAUACUUGGAAUGAGCCUGUUUGGAGGCACAUUCUGUGAGAAGGAGGACGGAAAACCAUGCUCCUGUAUGGAGCGCCGUAACACUUCUUUAUGCCGCUGUGACCGUGCCAAUUUUGACAAUCUCUUAUGGUCUUUGGUCACUGUUUUCCAGGUUUUAACACAAGAGGACUGGAACACUGUCCUUUACAAUGGGAUGGCUAAAACCUCAGCAUGGGCAUCCCUUUAUUUUGUUGCUCUAAUGACUUUUGGCAACUACGUCUUGUUCAAUCUACUCGUGGCCAUUUUGGUUGAAGGAUUUUCUACUGAGGAUGAAGAUAAGAAGAAGAAAAAGGAAAAAGAAGAAAUUGAUAAAGAUGUUGAAGAUGAAGAAGAAAAAGAAAAGCAACGCUUAGCUGAAAAUAACAACAUUGAUGAUGCUCAAAGUGCUAAAAUUUGCUUUAAUGCAGCAGAUAUAGAUGUAAAAAAUAACAAAGAAAAAGAGAAAAAAAUGCUUGCCCUCCCUCCAACUUGUGGCAUUUCUAUAAAAAAUGAAACUCCAUCCCAACUGCAAGCCGUGGUUCAUUCAGAUGGUCCACUGAACCCACCCAUAAUAACUCAUACAGCAGCAACACCCAUGGCUACACCUCAAGGAUCACCAAAUGAGAAUGCCAUCAAAGAUACAAAUAAUAAGUUGUCAUUAUCAGUGAAAAGAAGUGCUCUCAAGUCUACACUAUCAGUUGACUCUGAUAAAUCUCCCAACUUUCGGGGAGGAUCUCCUAGACCAUCACCAUGCCUGCGUCGCACCAACAGCAGGGGAAGCCAUCAUCAGAGAUCUGCCAGCUGGAGAGCCAGGAAUCGCCGUCUCCGUGGCGACAAGACAAGCCUGGUUGUAGACAGCUUGUCUGACAGUGCAGAUGAUGUGGAUGACGAUGUGUUCUCCUCCAGCCACUCACAGUCUCCCACGUACUCAGCCGGCACACCUAGAACCCCAAGUGUCAACACACACGGACAUGCAGUAACUUAUGUAUUCAGUGAUUGCAAUGGCCAUCCACCACUGAACAACCAAAGAGCACUCAGUCCUCAAAACUCACUAAAAGGGAGAGCACUUACCCCAAGAAAUUCAUUCAAAAGCCACCACACCUGGAGUAGAAAUAAUUCUGUUGGAAGUGGAAGAAGUAUAUGCAACUCAUUUGAACUUAGUCGUCAGAACUCUUUCACCAGCCAUCGUACCUUAAACUCACUUGGAAGUGGAAACUCAAAGGAUGACAACAAGUCCAACAAAAACUUUGUGGAUCUACCUGAUGUAAAAAUAGCACUAGAUAAAGAAGAGGGGAGAGAAGAAGAGAGUGAUCUGCCUGAUCCUGAUGCCAUUGAUGAAACUGAAUGGAAUUGGUCUUGGUGUCCAGAGCCAAAAGGAUGUUUUCUUGACAGACAUGAAUAUACUUUCUACCUGCUGUCAAAUGAAAAUAGACUCCGCAAAUUCACUCAUCAACUUAUCUCUAAGAAGUGGUUUGAUAAUGCUGUGCUGAUCUUCAUUGCCCUCAACUGUAUCACUCUUGCCAUGGAAAGGCCUAGUAUACCUCCUUACAGUGUUGAGCGUUUCUUUCUAACUUACAGCAACUAUGUCUUUACUUUUGUAUUCACACUGGAAAUGAUGAUAAAAGUUAUAGCAAAAGGAUUUUUUAUUGGCAAACAUGCUUAUUUAAAAAGUGGCUGGAAUGUUAUGGAUGGAUUUUUGGUCAUUAUUUCACUUAUAGACAUUUUAAUUUCCAUAUCUGCAUCCAGUGUUACUCGGAUUUUUGGUAUCCUGAGGGUGUUUAGAUUGUUACGAACUUUAAGGCCACUGAGGGUUAUAAGCCGCGCUCCUGGCUUGAAAUUAGUAGUACAAACACUUUUAUCAUCGCUGCGUCCUAUUGGCAACAUCGUGCUCAUCUGCUGUACAUUCUUCAUCAUAUUUGGUAUACUUGGGGUGCAGCUUUUUAAAGGACAGUUUUACUACUGUCACGGCAAAAAUGUGAAGCAUAUAACCAACAAGACACAGUGUAAGGCAGAAAAUAAUGAUUGGAGGAAUCAGAAGUAUAAUUUUGACAAUCUUGGCCAGGCUUUGAUGGCACUUUUUGUGCUAGCAUCAAAAGAUGGUUGGGUGCAAAUCAUGUACACAGGGCUCGAUGCAGUUGGAGUCGAUCAACAGCCUAUAGAAAACUACAAUGAAUGGAGACUUCUGUACUUUAUCUCAUUUUUGCUGCUUGUCGCCUUCUUUGUGUUGAACAUGUUUGUUGGUGUCGUUGUGGAAAAUUUUCACAAAUGUCGUGAGUCACAAGAAAUCGAGGAACGGGCAAAACGUGCAGCUAAACGGCAAGAAAAGUUGGAUAAAAAAAGAAAGAGUGAGGCCCCUAAAGCAUCGUCUGAGAUGAGAGAGCCCCCCUACUGGGCUAACUAUACCCACAGUCGCCUAUUUAUCCACACUGUCAUUAACAGCAAGUACUUUGACUUGGCUAUAGCAGCGGUUAUUGGUCUUAAUGUCAUCACUAUGGCAAUGGAAUAUUAUAUGAUGCCUCCAGAGCUAGAACAUGCGCUGAAAAUUUUCAACUUCUUCUUUACAAGCGUCUUUAUAUUAGAAGCUGCCAUGAAAAUUAUUGCAUUGGGAUUUUUGAGGUUUAUAAAAGAUAGGUGGAAUCAACUGGAUAUAAUGAUUGUUGUCUUAUCUAUUGUGGGCAUUGUGAUGGAGGAAAUGAAAGCCAAUGUGAUUCAAAUGAACCCAACAAUUAUUAGAGUCAUGAGAGUGCUUAGGAUAGCUCGUGUGCUGAAACUGCUGAAAAUGGCUAAAGGAAUCAGGGCAUUGUUGGACACAGUGAUUCAAGCAUUGCCCCAAGUUGGAAAUUUAGGCCUGCUCUUUUUCCUAUUAUUCUUUAUUUUUGCAGCACUAGGUGUAGAAUUGUUUGGAAGAUUAGAAUGUAGUGACAGUAAUCCUUGUGAAGGACUAAGUGAACAUGCACAUUUUCAAAAUUUUGGGAUGGCUUUUCUUACUCUUUUUCGGGUAGCUACUGGUGAUAAUUGGAAUGGCAUAAUGAAAGACACACUUCGUGUAAACUGUGACUCCAGUGACACCUGCUUGACAAAUUGCUGUGUCAGCUCAAUUAUUGCCCCUAUUUACUUUGUGGUGUUUGUGCUGAUGGCUCAGUUUGUGCUGGUCAAUGUAGUAGUGGCUGUACUGAUGAAACAUUUGGAGGAAACUUACAAAUACAAAGAGUUGGAUGAUGAGCUUGAGGAUGAGUUGAGAGCAGAGAUGUGUGCUCUAGCCUUGGCGGGUAAGGCAGGACCAGAUGGCAUAGAGAUAAAGGAAUCACAUCGUAUGAUGGAUGAUGACACAAUUCUAAUACGAGAUGCCUUGAUUACCAUCACAAAAUCUAAUGAAGACCCAGAGAGCAAAGAGAGUGGACUAGAGGAAGAUAAUCCUGGAGGCCUUCAUGUCAGCACUUUACCAAGCUUUACAUUUUCUGUACGUCCACCCAGUGAAGAACAGUCCAAGUCAGAGGAUGCUCCAGGCAUAUCACCAGUCAACGCAUCCAUUACAAUUGAAGGGAUGGGAUCCUCCUGGUCUUCCAUGGACAGUAACCGUCUGGCAGUGACCCCAAGUCUCACUGGCAGCUCGCCCAGCUCCGAGCGAAGUGUUCGUAUUUCCUCUCCCCCAAUCAGACGAGCACACAGUCCAUAUUUGUUAAAUCUCCAAGGCUCUAGUGGCUCUAUCCAGCGGAGACCUCUUGUAAAGCAGUACAGCAUGGAUGUAGGUUCAGAUCCUCAGCUGAAUAACAUGAACACAAGUAUGCCUGAUGUUUGGGAUAAGUUUAAAGAGACGCAUAAAGUUAUUUGUAACUCAGAUAAUGGUAUAUCAAGAUCCCAGCCUUCUUUAAAAGAUAUUAAAAAUGACUCACUAGAUGGAAAAUCUGGAGGAUCAUUAGACUCCAAGGAUGGGGCAGUCCCAGGGGAAAGAAUGCCAGCAAGGGACAGAAUCAAGCAUAAACUUUUAAGGAGCAGAAGUAGCGGUGCCAAGUACAGCAGAUUCAGAGAUAAAUACAAGCAAAGUAAUCUGAAUAAAGCAUCAAACCAUAUCACUUCUGAUGGAAGUCUAUCUAAAGAAAAACUUAAAAAGUCGAACCAGACAGGAAGUAACGAAACUGGAUCUGAUAUUGAUGAGUCAUUGUGCAGUGACUGGGGGAGCGAAGAAGCUGCCUGUGAUUUGGAAGUAAAAAUGAUUACAGGGGGAACUGAAGAUGAAGAAGAUGAUAUUCAUCCAACGCUUUCUCCUUAUGUGUCUGAAGAUAGGGACAGUGCGCAUUUAGCUACAUGUAAGACUAUGGUAGAAUCAGCAGCAUCCAGCACUCACUCCACUUCAAGGGGUGAUAGCACACCAAGAGUGAUGAAACCCCCUUAUCCCAAGUGUAAAAGUCCUAUGCCCCCAUCUCUGCAAAGUCCCAGAAAUAAUCCAGGCAUUGAUAACACAAGCUUUGAGCUUGGGGAGGAUGUCCGCCUUCCUCCAUGCUGCAAGGCCAGAGAAACUGCAGUAGUCAGGCGAAGCAACUCGUUCAGCUCGUCUAAGUUAAUUCCCAAAGCAUUCAGUCCACCAAGGACAGGAUCUUCUAGAUCAGACCGAGCUCUCAGUCCCUAUGGCUUUAGAGAGCAUACAACAUCAGUGUCGCCACUGGCUCUUCCUCCCUCUCCCUUAGCACUAGAAGACAGUGCCUACAAGCAGAGGAGCUUUGAUGCUACAAGAGAUAUCAGCCCCUUGUCAUUCUCCCACUCUCACAUGCUCACUGUCCCUUCUCCUCAUUCUCUGUACUCUAACCCACACAUGCGCUCUCCCUCCCCUACCCCACCCAAACAUGUUCACCUUAUUCCCCCUAACGCAGACAGCCAAUUUGGUGUCAGGAGACAACCAAAAGGCUCACCAGCUCCAAUACGUCGUCAGCAAACACUCACCCGAUCUUCUGCCGUUGAACAUGACAAUUUUGCUCCAGCAGGGUCUUCUCCACUGCGCCGCCGCAUUCCUCACACACUUUCCAUGGACAGCGCUUUCCUCGUCCCACCAGGAUUCACCCACUCCUACUCAAUCAAUGAGCCCUACAUGGAGCUACACGCAGGUUGCAGGGCCACUUCUCCAUUACCUUCACCUAGAAACUCUCAACAAACUCUGCCUGGUAUGUUCACCAGAUCGGCAUCACCUCUCCCCCAACAUACCAUGUCCCCCUCUCAUCAACCAUCACAGCCAUACCAUCAUCCCUACCAAUGUCCAGACAGAUCCACCACAGAAACUUCGCCUGAGGCUGCCUUUGAAUGCUUGUCUGUACCUAUUCCAUCACUAACUGCCAAAUCAAAUGAUACCACACCUACAAACAGCGAGGAACAUGUUUCUACAAGCUCCACAACAAACAAAGAACUAAAUGAAAAUUCUCGUCCACAAAAUUUAAAUGCAGAGGAUAACAAUCAGAAAGAGGGGGGUAAUAAAUCAGUUGAAGAUUCUAAAUCUAAUGUAUGAUUUCUAUGUCUGUUCAAUUUUACUUUCUACAGUUUUGUAUUUCUUAUGUCUGCCAUCACUUCAAACAUUUUUUUUUUCUGAAAAAAAAUCACCUCAAACAUACAUUUAUUUUUUUUUGAGUUAUUUUUUUUUUUAAUUAUUUCUGAUUUUACUCAAAAUCUUAUAUUCAGAUUUUUUUGUUUAAAUUUUUAAUUACUAACAUGAUAAAUUUUAACAUUUGCAAAUUAGUUUUAAAAUGUGCAAUGUUUUGAAUGAUUUUUUAAAUAUAACUUUGAACUCAAAAUAAUCAUAGUUUUUAAGCAGUUAGCAUCAAGAUUUUGAAUUAGUUAGUCUACUGGAUCAACAAAAUAUCACCUUUUCAAAGAAGGUUUCAUACAUAAAAUUUAGAUCAAAUAAUUAUCCAGCUAGGGUAAAAUUCAAAUUACUUUUAUUUAUUAGAUAAAAUACUGUUCAAAUAUAGACCAGUAGUCUGACUGAAUCCAUCUGUGUUAAUUUGCAUUAAUUAUUUUCUUUUAUUUGUAUUUAUUUUAUAAAAAUGCCUUACUAUAUUUGAAAUGUGUCUGAAUAUUAUUUAUUUCCAAUACUUUCUUUCUUUUCCUUGAAUACUUUUCAUAAUAAAAAGUUACUUUUAUUUAAGUGGCCAUUAAUAGAUUUCUGUUUUAUUUUAAAUAAAGACUUGCAAUCAAAUGUUAAACAUCGUAACAAUAAAGGCGAGCAGUCUUUUAUAGACUUUAUGCCCAUUGGUUGUGAAUCAUGGUCAAAUCAACCCUUGUCAUCCAGAUAUGUUAGGUCCAUUCUUGGAGAUGUCAUCAUUUAUUAUAGUUAGUUUCUACCAGUCAUGCAGCACAAAACUAAAACAGUUGCUAGCAAGCUCAACUAGUUGGUUUCAAUGUGAUGAUUUGCUUUUAUCAGAGGGACAAGCAGAUUGGAACAUUAAUUUAGAAUCCAUGGAAAUUGUCCCACAUGUGCAAUAUUGUAUUUUUCAUUUCAAGAGUGUGCAAUAUAAUAUUAUUAUUAAAAGUAGUGCAAUCUUAUACCAAUUUUAUUAUAUCUAACAAAAAUCUAUACAUAGGAAUAUUUUAUAUGAUGAUUACACCCACUUGUGAUACCUUGAGUGAGCUUCAGAGUUUCAGUUCCUGAACUAUAAAUUAUUUAUAUGAACUGUAACUAUAAUAUUGAUGCUACAGUAUUAUGAUUUACAUGAAAAUGCAGUUGGAUAGGAAUCUCAAGCGAAUUCAUUUGGUGACAAAUAUAAUUUAAUCAUUACUGUGUACUCAACUAUAACUUUUUUUAAAUAAAGUUUGACAAAAUAAUGAAAACGUUAUAUUAUUUUUGAUACAUAAUUUGUUUUCUACUGUUCACAAGUGAAAUACUAUUGUAUCAUAUUUUUUUGUUUUGAAAGUAUUCUCCAGUAUACAUUAUCUGCAAAUAUGUAUUUAAAAAAAAACUACACAAGGAGUGAAAUGCUUGAAAUGUAUUAUUCUAAUAAAUGUAUAACUAUGUGUACAUAAUGUAAUUCUUUUAAAAUUGAUUGAUUUUUUGUUACAAAUUAUAAGGCACUUUUGCCUUUCUUUGACUAUUUUAUUUAUGUUGUUGCUGUUAUGAUUUAUUAAACGAACUUUAUCACUCUCAAAACUUGUAGGUCAGAAACCAUAGCUAAUCCUUUUUAUCAAUGACAAACUUAAUUAUGCAUGUGAUUGUUAAAGAUUUAUGUAUUUAACCUGUUGGCAUGCAUCUUUCAGUGUAUAGUAUUUGUAUGCACAUUGUGUUCACUAAACUGGGGCUAAUGUAAAGAUUUUCAGACAUUCUUUGUAUUAGAAAGAUGUCUCUUUUAUGACAGAUUGUGGUAUGAUUAAAGUCAACUUGUGUACAAAUCCCUUGUUGUUGUAUCUGUGUGUAUUGUCUAGCCAGUGCCAACCUCUCUGCCUUUAAAAACAAAAAACUUGCUUAUGCACUAUAUCUUUUCAUGCCAUUCUUGCUAUCCUUCACUUAGUUAUUGUAAAUGUUUGUUUACCCUUUUGUUAUUUAAACAGCUUUUUCUGGACACUUGUUUUGAUUCAGUAGUAAUGUUCAGUGUUUUUAUGCAUAGUUUAUCAUUUAUGUAGACUAUAAAGUCAGUAAUGAAAAUAAUUAUUUUACAGUAAAUAAUAUAUAAUAAAAUUAUUAUUUAAACAGGUUUUCAUAACUGCUUGUUAUCUUUUAGCAGCUAAUAAUGAAAAAUUGGGUUUAUUUAUUCAUCUUAAUUGGGGUUUUUUUUUUUUGCACUUUGAUAAAAUUAAACUGGUCUACAAUGUACCCUAUGUUUUUAUCAACAAAAAAUUCUUUUUAAAUACACCUUCAAAAUUGUACAGUUGACGCACAAUGAAAGUAUUAUUUUUAUGUUGAUGAUGAAUUGCCACUAUACAGUAAAUAUGGAUGUUAAAACAUAAAGAUCUUUUUCUAUUAAUUUCUUAUAUAAAAGACAUACCAUGAGUUUUUCAAAUAUUAAAAUACUAGUUCUAGCUCUAGGUUAAAUAAAUAUCUAUUUUCGCAAAAUAAAAUUUCAAGACUCCAAAUUUUAUUUUUGGCACCCUAAUUAUUGUGAUAAUGCACUAUGCCCUCUUGUUUGUAUUGCCUUGAUAUAGUGAAGAAAUAGUGUUGAUUUAAAGUGCUGUUAUGACCAUUUUCUGUUUACCAACACUGACAUGAGUGGUCUUUCAUCAUUGACAGUUACUGAUUAGACAAAACACUUUUAGAUUGUAGUUUAUGAUACCCUUAGUCCUUGAUUAUCAUCUGUACCUACACUCUGAAUUUAAUAUAAUUUUAUUUAUUGGUAGUUAGCUAAUUUUAUAAUCUUGUUUAUCAAAUAGAAUAAGUAGAUUUUAAUUGUCAAAUCAUAAAAUAUCAAUCUUAAAACUCAUAUAUUUAAGGGGGAAAAAAACAAUACUAAUGUGAAGUAUGUAUUUUGUAAAAUAAAAACAUUAUGCAAGUUACUUUUUCAGAUGAUGAAAAAUAUUUUUCUUGUAGUGCAGUAGUGAAUAAGUAAAUCACCAUUCAUUAAAAACUUUUUUUUUAUUCCAAUGUUUAUGUAUCCAGCUAACCCAGUGACACAAACUGAUGAGCUAUAUUGAAAAGACAUUGACAAAUGCUACUGUUACACAUUGCUGUCAUCCAAUUGUGAUAAAGCAUUUAUUUCAUUUUUACAUACAAUUAUUCUUAAUGUCAUUUCCACUACUGAGACAAUGACGAACUACAAAGGUUGUGAUUGAUUAAUGUCUCAGCUGAUAGACACAAUUAAAAGAAAAUAUUUCAUUGUCUUCUACCUGAGUGGAUAAAUGUUUUAUUUACUGUAUGUCUUGGAUUCAUACAACAGGCACCAUGUAGUGAAAUGAUUAGAAAAAUCUGUCAAUCCAUUUGUCUGCACGAAUCAGGGAGUCAUUUUUGCAAUCUUGGAAAUGAAUUAUUGAAUAAAUGCUAAUUACAUA